UGGGAAUAUCCAGGAAACUGCGGUCUGUGAACGGCUGUGGCGCUCUCGAUACUAAAACUGCGCCUGCGUCAUUGUACGCUCUGCAGUGCCGACUCUUGCCUCCUACCCUUGGAUAUUCGUAUAUGUGUUUGUACGAGACUUCAAUUUUGAUACGAUCCAUGUAGAAAUUGAUCCAUUUUCUUUCCUCUUUUAUAUAUAUAUAUAAGUGUGUAUAUUUCGAGUGCGGAAAUGAAGGGAGGACAUAUUUGGGAUAAUAACAAUACUGUACCCAAUAGGGAUGGAAACAGCGAUCAUGGAAAUAAAUGGAAGAUGUCGAACUGUGACCUCCAUGUUGUUAUGGAGAAUAGCCAUCGGCAGUCACCAUCCAGUAUAUGUCUUGUGUGCCCUGAAGCAGAUUGUAAUUCCAAUGGUUGUAUGGAGAACCAUAGACAGCCUAAUAGUAACUGUCAUCAGAUGACUAAUAAUGAACCUGUAAGCAAAUCAUAUACAGGAAAAUUAACACCUGUUUUGCAUGGCAUAGAUUAUAAGUGGGAUUCACAGCAAUUGUCUGGCCAAUGUCCUACAAGUAUCUAUUCUGUUUCUCUAAAUCAAAAAGAAAUCAAUUAUGAGGAUUUGUCAAAAAAUAUUGACGCCAAUUUGGCAGAGAUUGACAUGGAAACUUUUCGAUCAGAAGACAUUCAUUCCAUUCUUGCACUUCCUGUUAUGUAUAGUGGAGAUUUCCAGUCAGCUACAAAUGGAGAACAGUGUGCCUCUGUUUCUGGAUCAUUAUUAGGAGGCCUAGAGUUAGAUUCUUCUAUCAGUCCCCGUAGUACAUCUGAAGAUGAAAUUUCAAUUUGUAAAGAUGAGCCAUUGUUUUCUCCAGUAAAAGAACAUCCUCUUCCAGAUGGUACUAUUUCAGUAGAUAGUUUAGAUUGCAGCUCUUUGGAAGAACAUGAUUUAGUUCUGACAUGCAGAGCAAAUAAAAGUAAUUAUACUAUUGCAUUUGAAGGUAGCGGCACUCAAUUUUCUGACGAUUCGGAUUAUCAAGAUACUCUUGGAAUAACUGAAACUGCUGUUUCGCAAGAUACAGAGGGAAAGCAAAGAAAUGUGCCAAAUAAAGUGCAUACAGGCCCUAUGGUUCAGUCAGACUUUGCUUUUACCACAUGGAGUAAAUUAAAACGCACUAAAGAAGUAGCCAAAGUUAGAGGGAAAAAUACAAAUAAUUCAACGACAAAAAGUCAAAGUUUACCAAAUCUACUUCGUCACUCGGUGCUAUCAGAGAAAUUAUUAAAUCAAUGGGCAAGUGGCCUAGGAAGUAAAGGAUGUGUACCAGUUUAUGACCUUCAAAGUAGUCAGUCAGCUCAUUCAAGAGAUUCUAGUACAGAUAGCCAACAGUCUGUAUCACUAUUGAAAUUAUUUAUUCGUCAGAGAAUGACUAAUAGUCCAGAAUGUGGUUCUACUUCUAUAUCCAGUAGUCAUUCUGAAUCUUCAGCAACUAAUAUAAUUAAUGGUUUCCAAGAUAAGACUGAAAGUUUAACAGAUAGUUAUGGCCAAUUAGAACCUAUUUCAAAUACAUCAGAUGAAAUUAGUCAAGAAGCUGAUAAACCCGAGUUACCAUAUGAAAAUUUCAAUCAAACUGCUUUGACUAGUCCCAUACAUUCCACAUCAGAAAAUACUGAAAAUACAGCUGUUUUACCAACAACAGAAACAAAUAAUAAUACUAUUAAUCCUUUACCCACAGAUAACUAUAAUGUUCUGCAUCCUACUAUAAGAGAUCAUGUACUGGUUGCAGAAGGGUAUGCUGAUAGCGAAGAAGAAAAUUCUCAAUAUUUUGAAGACAGUUUGAUGGAUGUACCACCACCAGCUUCAAAAGAUUUUUUCACAAGUCCUAUUAAAGAAGAAGAAGAACCACUUGAAACAGACACAUCUAGUGGAGACGAAACCAUGAAGGAUAGUAAAGAUCCUUUCGGAAGUGAUACUGGUAGCUCUCAAGAGAGUAACAUUACAAGGAAUAACAAAUUGGAUAGUCUGGCACAAAAACAAGAAUGGAUGAAUGGAGUGGAAAGAAUUAAUAAUGUAUUCCCUAAUGUUAAAUCAAAUAUGAUUUUGGCUAAUAAUGCUUGUUCUUUUAACAAAGAAGAAAAAAUCCCAAUGAAACGAUUAGAUUUUGGAUAUCAGAAUCACUCACAGGGGACACAGACGAAGCAAUUAAACAGUAAAGAAUGUAGUCCUAUUGAAGGAAUUAAUUCUCGUCUUGCAUCAGCAGUAGAUGUUAAUCAUGCAGAAGGAAAAGUAGAUGUUCUCAAUAAUGUUCGAUAUAGUCCCUCACGUGAUUCAAGUCCAUCAUCUAGUGGUUAUCUUAGUAGCCGACAAGGCUCAGUUGAACGACUUCGGCAAAGUUCUCAAGGCUUCAUUAAUAAUACCAACAUACCAAAUAUGAUGUUACCAAGUAGAAAAGUAAAUGUAAUUAUUACGAAGCCUUGUCACAGAAGUACACAAAUACCAGUUCAUAUAAGAGAUCAAGGAAUUCAAACUUCUCUGUUAGAUGAAAAUGGAAUGGCUGUCAGUUUUAGCAUUAAAGAAAGUAAUGAUGAUAAUGUUAUGGAGAGUUCUUACUUAUUGAAACUCCCAAUGAAAAGUAAAGAUGGUUCAAAAAAGGGCUUUGCGAGCAAUGAAGGUAGUGGAUGUUCAGAAAAACGAUCAAUAUAUGUUUGUUAUCCUAAUUAUUCACUUCCUGAUCUCAGUUUCUUAAGAAGUUUUGCAACUAGUCCAGAAGCUCCAGAAGUAGUUUAUUUAACUCCAACUAAACAUAAAGUUCCUUCGUAUACUAAACAUCCUCGUUCUACUCAGGAAAGAAAAAGACCAAAAUCUUGCUCUGACUUUGAUUCUUUGUCUUGCCAGCCUUUUAAUCAUAUUAAAGAUUGGGAAUCUCUUAGUGUUUUAUUACCAGAAGAUCUUAAAUCUGUAAUAUCCAAAUUACAUGAUAGAGCAAAUAUUCGCCCUUUAGAUGAUACUUUAAAUAUUGGUGGUAAGACAGAAUCAAAUCCUGAAGGUAAACAUUCAAGAACUAGUAGUCCAAUAUGUUCGUGUACUGAAAACUUUACGCAUCAAAACAAAAUCAAACUCGAUUCUGCAGUUGGCGAUAAAUCAGCACCAUCUUCUCCAUUGCUAAGUUGUAAAAAUGAUGACAGGAAACCAGUUAGAGGAAUUUUACGAAAGUCCACAUCUACAUCUGAUGAUAAAGAUUAUGGGCUACCGCCUAGAUGUUCAAGCAUGUCUACAGUUCUUCCUAAAACACAAGAUACUAAGUUUAAAAGAUAUUCUUUACAAGAACCUUGUCAAAGAGUUCUAGAGAAUAUACAAGAAGUAAAUAGCUUAAUGAAUUAUUUAAAUAAGCAAACAUAUAUUAAAAAGGAAGAUAUGUCAUCAGCUGAAAAGAAUGAUGAAUUGAAUCAAAGAAUGAAAGCUCAACCUUGUAAUAGUGCCCUUGGAGCAAAUUUUAAGAAAGGACUGGUUAGCGGUGCAAAAAUGGAUUAUACCCAUCACAAAGUGUCAAGAACAUUAUCAGAUGAAAAUCACAAACGUGUUUCUUCUCCGCACCGUACCAGCAGUAAUGGAAAUUCCAUUAACAAUUCACCUAUUAGACAACUUAAUACGCCACCUUCUUUGCUGGAUGAAACAAAAGAUAAGAAUCAUCCUAGUUCUUACAGUCUUUUAUCUGAAAUUCCAUCUGUAGAACAACUUCAAAAUCAAUUGGAACAUAUUUUAGGUUCAGGUUCCAAUUUAAGUUUAGUUGCUGCAGCAUUACUAGCAGCUCAGGAUAAUAAUAGUGGUGAAUCAAGUCAGUGUUGUGCAGAAGGAAAUUCUGUAAUGACAAAUUGUGCAUGUUUAAAAGGGAAGAAGUCUGUAAAAUUUGGAGAGAUAUCUGCAGAACAAAAUGUGACAUUAAAUGCUUCUCCAUGUAGAAGAAUAAAGACAUCUAAUGAAAAUAUUGAACAUGCAAUAUUAAAAGGUAGCAAGCUUGACUGUGGCAAGAUAAAUCAGAUGUCUCCAGAAGACGAUUCAAAUGAUAUGGAUUUUCCACCACAGGAAUUUGCAGUUUCACCCUCACAGUGUUCUCCAGCAAGUACACCUUCAUCUAGUCCUCCAGCAGUUCCAAUUUCUGAAGAUAAAACUUUCUCUAUUACUCUAUUACAUGAAGAAUUAAGCAAAAGGACAGGCUUAGUUGAAAAUUUACAGAAAGCUGUUGAUCUUUUAGUAGCACAUUUUUCUUCAGAUGAUCUGAAAAAACAGAGUGAAUUAGGUAGCAGUGCACUGUCUCCAACACUUGGACCUAAAAUUAUUACCAAUUUUUGUCCAGCUAUGCAUGCGUUAUUAGCUGAUGGUCAAUUACCUUCAAUUCCUGGACUUCUGGCUCCAUUAACUAAUUCUACUUGGAGAGUAGUAGAAGCAUCUACAAAAACAGGAAAUUGCAAACGUGAACUCCAAGAACUAAUUAAUCACAUCAACGCAGAAGAAAUACUGUCUUCAAACAUUCAAAAAUUCAAUGCAUUUUUAUUGGGAGUCCUAAAUCUGGGAUGUUUAGAUUGGUGGAUUGGUCAUCUGUGUUCUUGUGAAAGCAUCAUAAAAUGUCAUUAUCACCCAAUAGCAAUGUUAAGUUUACUUACCCAUCAGGCUUUUGUUCAUUUAAAAGAAGAAUUCCAAAAUAUGGUAAAGCCUUUGUCAACAUUACCUUUUAGUCUGGAACUUAGUCUUGUAUCAAAAGAUUUUAAAUCUAAAGUUAGUCAGUUAUCUACAAAAGAACAGAAUUUCCAAACCAGCUCAUUACCUGCAUCCCCAAUAAAAAGAUGUUAUCAAAAUUCCCUAAAACUUAAACCAAAAUUUCAAGAAUCAAAGAGUAACAUUAAUUCGAAUAUUGAUAAGUGUUUGAAACAGGAUGGUUUACCAGAUAAAACUCCAGAAAUAUCUAUGGAUGAAUUUUUGAGAUUGAGGCAAGAUAAACUUCCUAAUACAGCAAAAGUUUCUUCAGAAGAAAAUAACAUCUUAUCAUUGUUUCCAGGAAUUACUGUCUAUCCAUUCAAUGAGUUAAAAGUAUCUUCUGAAUUGGAUUUUGAUAAUAAAGAAAAUGAAGAAUCAAAUCCAGCUGAUAUCUUGAAUGCUGCAGAGAAAACUGUCGAUGCAGAAAUCACUUCUCUGCAAAAUGAAUUUAUUGAAGUCGAUGGUGAAACUGAACUGAUGUAUUCGAGUACAGAUAGUGGAUGCAGUUCACAAAUUGAGCAUACUUUACCUAAUUUUACGAUGCCAUCUCAAACAAGUGAUAGCAAGACAGAACCAGAAGGACAGAUGUUUCAAAAGCUUCGCCAAAAAUGGGAACAGAUGACCAGUACACCAGAACCAAGCGAUCGAGCGACAUUGACUAAAGUAUCAAGUGCAUUACCAGCUAGUCGUCCACCGUUGCCAUUACGAGGAAGAACAUCCGAUUCGAGAAGGAUACAAGGAAAAUCUCCGAGUCCCGCUCAGUCACGUAUGCCUCGACCUUUCUCGAGUAAAAGAAAUGAAAUAGGACAUCAUUCUCGUCGUGGAAGUCCACAACCAUCAUCUCACAAGAAACUCCCUAGUCCGGCUUCUUCUCAGACUCGUCCUAUUAGCAAUGUAUCUUCUAAUUCAGAUGUGAAUCAACUCGAUUCUCCUGAAAAUAUAAGUUCAUCAUCACCAUCAUCCACUCUCAAGUCAAAACCAAUUAUACCACCCCCAACCACUAGAAAAUCCUUAAUUCCUGUACAUCGUGUAGGAAGUCGAGGUGGGACCAAUGGUUCUAGGAGCAGAGGAACAACACCUGUAGGUAGAGAGCAUUGAUAUGCACUGUGGCCAAUAAUUAUUGAAAUCAGAUUCCGAUUAUCAGACUAAGGGCCAAGUGUACCUUUCGGGAUGCAUUGUAUUAUUUAGGUGUUGUGAAUCUUGAAUGUCGUGUCGAGUGAAGAAACAGACAUGGAGGACUACGUCAUCACGUAAAUAUUACAGUAGUACUUAUGGAAAACGUUUGUUAUCCGAUUUUUUGGAGUUACAAGGCCUUUCUUCUUGAUACGUUCUACAUGUUACAUAUUAUGUAUAUAUAUGUCAGUGUUUCUGCAGCCUAGCCAUAAAAAUGUGGCUAACACUGUGCUUUCUGUUCGAAAUCAGAAGGAAAUGUAAAUUUCUUACCUUUUUAUUUUGUAAGAAAUAAUUGUAUAUAAUUUGCAAAGAAUAUGGAUGUAAUUAAUUUUUCUUUUGUGUGUUUACGAUUAUAGAUUAAGACGUUUAAAAAGCUAAAAGAAUUCAGAUUAUAUUUAUGCUUGUUAGUAUAUUGUUAAUCAAAAAUUUAUUUUAUAUUAUUAUUUAAAUCAUUCCCAAUUUUGAAAUAUUUUGAAUGCUGCACUCGAGUCAUUUCAGCACAAAAUGAAUUCUUUUUAUUAACGUGUCGUAAUUUUAAUAUUGCACCAAUAUAUAUAUAUAUAUAUAUAUAUAUUUACAUAUAUAUUUCUUUUCAACUUCUCAGUUUUUGAGAAUUUUGCAUAAAAAGAAAAAAAAAAUGAGAGAAAUUCUUAAGUUUGUGAUUCGUACAACAGUUGUGAUUUGCAUAGAAACAGCUUCCUGUUAACACCUACUGGUCUCCGGGUGGAUACCAUGUGAUGUGUUGUGCAAGAUUUUGGUUCUUAGUGAUUAGAUUAAGAAUAUAUAUAUAGUGUUUAUAAUUAUUGACUGUCAUGUAUGGCAGCAUUGUGAAAAAAAAAAUAUCCUGUGAAUUUGUGAUGUUCUCCACUUUUCAAGUUACACCAACUUUAUUGUUUAAUUUGUGCAGCAUGAAUAAACAUAUAUACACCUUUUGGUUGCACAU